AGGCAACCUUAAACUAUAUUUCAAUUAACGUUUGUGGAGUUGGCAACGAGUAUUUGUUUGGUUUCUGUCUGUAUUGGUUAUGGAUUCGAUUUUUAAAGAAAUUAUAAUUUUAUUCAUUUUUGUGAUAUAAAGCAAAACACUUUCGUUUGUUGCAAAAAAAAUCAACAGACCAUAUCUUUUAUAAUUGAGUGAUACAAAAUGGCUGAAGAUGCAGAACAAAGUUCUUCAUCUCUGUCUACAAGUGAAGAAUUUGAAAUUGUUGGUGGAGGUGAUGUUGGGAUUACUAAAGAAAAUAAACAAGAUAAACCACACUUUGAAGAUUUAAAUAAAAAUGAAGGAAAUUCGGUUUCUUUGUUAAAUGUUACCAGUGUAACUCAGAGCAAGGAUCUAAAACCUAAUAAUAAGCUGAAUCGAAGUGAUAAACAGUUUAAAGGGGAACCAGUUAUGGAUCAUCCACUAGCUUUACUCAGUCCUCAAGUUCCUGAUUCUAAUGCUUCAAAUCAAGGUGCACCUGAUACUCCUAUUACUCCUGAAUCUGCUGCAACAAAUGGAAAUAUUGGCAUAACUCCUUCUUUGAGCUCUUUAGAAGAAAUUAGUCUUUCUCAAUCGUCAUCUCUUCAUUUUGCUGAUACUGACUGCUCCCUUUUCCCUCAUAUAACUUAUUUGGGGUGUGCAGUGAUAAAUGCUCCUCGAAGUGAAAAAGAAAUUCAAAGAAACAUGGCUAUUUUAAAUGAGCAAGCUUUGGAUCAAGCCAUUGAGAUUACACUCUCAGUUCCUAGCCAUUCUGAAGGUUCAGUCACUUUAUUAGAUUCUGAUGGUAAUACUGAAAUUGCCAGUUUUCUUAUACAUUGCAUCUUAUUUUGUGCUCGUGGUAGACCAGAAACACCUGAAAAGGAAUGUUUUGCAUUUGCCUGCAGUCACGGAGAAACUGCAGAAACAUCAAUAUUUCAUUGUCAUAUUUUCAAAUGUGAUAGCCCUGAUACAGUUGUAAAACUCUUGCAAUGUUUUGCUGCUGCUUUUCAUCGUGUACCAAAAUUUUCUCAAGGUAGAGCUAGUUCCAUAUCAUCAGAAAGAAAUAUACCAAUUGGCUUGUCAGUUAAAAACAAUCAACAAGUUUUCAUAUUUGAAACAAUUUUAGAUGUAAAAGAAGAAGAUUCAAAGGGGAACUUUGUCUCCUGCCCUCGAGAUAAAGACUUUUUCAAGCUGAGGUGUAACUUGGAAAAAAUGAUCACUGUUACAAUUAGUCAAAUAUCUAGCAACAAGGAUCUUAAAAUUCAGAAUUGCUUCGGACUUCUUAUUACACCAGGAAGGAAUUUAGAUCAUUCUGAAAUGCAUGCUUUGGAAGGGGUACUGAUGAAUAAGAUUGCUAAUGGGGAUCGAACUGUAUAUCAUAUUUCUGCUAACUGGAAUCCUAUUGAUCCACUUUUUGAAAUUUUAAAUACACCUACUACUAGAGAUAAUCAAGUAUACAUGAGUGUUGCUGUUGAUUUGGUGUUUACCGGUAUAGAUGAACCAACUCGUUUUGUUAUUGAAACCAAAGCGAAAAUAUUUGGAUCUAAUGAAAGGUUUUGGUAUUUCUCCAAGCGUGCUCUUCAUGAUCAGUUUUAUCUCAGAUUAAAAGAGAUUGAAAAUGAUUGUGGUGAUCGAAAUACCAUGUAUGAAGUUGUUAGUUUAGAAAACUCAGUCAGGAAGAAAUUUCCUUCUAGCCUGUCAUAUCAAGAGAGUGUACAUUCCUUAACUUCACAUGAUCAAGACAGUGAAUCUGAUAAUGAUGAACCUCUCCCAAGUGGUACAGGAGAAGUGAGUAAAGAGUGUUCUUCCUUUGAGCUUGAAGGCUGGGCUGAAGUAUUGCAAAGAUGGAGACAAAAUUUGAAGCAACGACCAAAGCAGCUCACACCACUUGUAAAAAGAGGGAUUCCCGAAGCAUUAAGGGGUGAAGUUUGGCAAUUACUUGCUGGUUGCAUCGAUGACCGACAAAUAGUUGACACAUAUAAAAACCUUAUAUCUAAAGAAUCUUCUUGUGGUAGUGUCAUCCAACGAGACAUAAAUCGAACAUUUCCAGCUCAUGAAUAUUUCAAAACCAGUGGUGGCAUAGGACAAGAUUCUUUAUAUAAAAUAUGCAAAGCUUACUCUGUAUAUGAUCCUGAAAUUGGAUAUUGCCAAGGCCAAUCAUUUCUUGCAGCUGCUCUAUUGUUGCAUAUUCCAGAGGAGCAGGCUUUCAGCAUUCUUGUGAAAAUAAUGUUUGAAUAUGGCUUGAGAAAUUUUUUCAAGAAUGGAUUUGAAGAACUGCACCUAAGAUUAUACCAGUUAGAGAAAUUAAUUGAAGAUAACAUUCCUGAGCUUUAUGCUCACUUUACAGACUUAGGUAUUGAAAUGCACAUGUUUGCAUCUCAGUGGUUUCUGACUCUCUACACUUCCAAGUUUCCUUUGAUAGUUGUAUUUUACAUACUUGACAUAUUUUUGCUCGACGGCAUUGAAACUUUAUUUCAAGUAGCAUUAGCGCUUUUAACGUUAUCAAGAAAAGAUUUGCUGGCAUUAGAUUUUGAAGGGAUUCUGAAAUAUUUCCGUGUUACACUUCCCAAAAAGUAUAGAACUGAAAAUAGUGCUAGAGAAUUGUUGUCAGCAGCAAUUAGUAUUAAGGUUAAAAAAUUAAAGAAGUAUGCCAAAGAUUAUUCUGCUUUAAAAGAUCAACAAAAAAAUCAUGAAGAUCCUGUUUCAAAAUUGCAGCGAGAAAAUAGCCGCUUCCAGCUUAGUAAUCUGAGAUUAGAGCAUGAAAACGAUGACUUAGCUAAUGAGCUGAUAAAUGUUAAAUCUCAACUCGGAAAUGAGUUGAAAUCUGCCUUAGAAAAGUUAGAGGCUUACUACAGAGAGACAACAUCCACUAAAAAAUCAUUGACUGAAAUAGAAGAUGAAAAGCGAAGAUUAGAAAUAGAAGUUAACCAGUUAAAAGAACUUUGUAGAAGAGAACUGCAGCAAGCUGAAAGUGAGAUAGCUAGAAACAACAAUAUUAUAUCUGAAUAUAAGCUUAUUUGUAGUCAAUUAAACUCAAGAUUGGAAAAAGAGCAAAAACUUUUUCAUGACUUCAUGAAUGCUGUAAAAGAUGGUGUUGAUGAUUGUGAAAGCUGCCAUAAGAAAUUAUUUUCUUCGAAUAACACCCUAAUCAUUUCUAAUCAAAAUGUAACCAAUGGUUCCAACAUGGAUGUUGUUGACAAUGACAAACAGGUGCGAGAGCUUGAACUAGAACUUGCACAGACAAAGCUUGCCUUAGUUGAAGCAGAAUGUAAAAAUCAGGAUCUUAUUCAUCAGCUUAACAAUGCUGUAGCAGAAAUUCAGGCUUCUAAAAACACAUGGUUGCAUAAAACCUGGUCUUCACUUCGUGAUGUUACUAAAAAAGAAAAUUCCACACUUGCUGACAACAAGGACGCAACCUAAUAUAUGUGGAUUAUAAUCGAUAUGAUUAUGUAGAAAGUGUGCAUUUUUACAUUCCUUAAUAUAUUUUAUUUAUAUCUUCCCAAGUUGAUCAUUAUACCUUUCAUUCAUGUAAAAUAACUUUAUGGUUGAUGUGCCAUAAAAGAACUGUAUAUAUUGAUACAUUUAUUUGCAAGUGAGGAAAAAAAUUGUUUUUUAAUGAAUAAGACUAUAAAUACUUAUAUCUAUAUUUACUUUUUUGCAUAAAAGUGGAAUAUACUUUGUAAAUUAAUGAUGUGCCAUUUUGUAAAUUAUGAUGUAUAUAUUAUCAAGCUUUACAUGACUAUUUAAAUAGAAUUAUGUUUAGAGUUUUAUUGUAUAGAUUUAAAAAUAAAACAAAAUGCUUUAAUUUUAAUAUGCAUUAAAAUAGAACUAGAAAUUAUAUUUUCAAAUACAUUUGUGUAGAUUUAAAAAUAAGCAGGGUUUUUUAUAUAUAUUAGAUUGGUACUGUAAUAACCAUGCCUAGAAUAGUCCGAUUAGUAUCACUGAUUUUGUAUUUUUAAAAUUAAUCACAUUCAUAAAUAUUUUGCUUCAAUUGAAUAAUACUUCGAUGACAAGUUGAUACAAGCUUCAAUUCUUAUACAAAGUAUUAAAAUAUAAAAGUUAUAUAAUAUUUAUUUUACAUUUAAAUUAUUAAAUGUCCACCACUCAAUGAAGCUUGAAUAAAUUUCAACUUAUUGUCACCACAGAUUAUUUAAAUUGUUCUGAAUACUUAAAAUAAUGCUUUUGGUGUUCCUAUGGCAUCAGUAUUGCAAUAUUUGUUUACAAUAAUGAUUUCAUACUAGAGUUAUACUAAAUGUUUUGUUGAAAACAGAAUUAAAAAAUAUUGCCACCUUUUUUAACAGUGUCUCUUCUCAAUUUUUCGAACAUUCAUUAAAAAUUGACAGAACAGGUAAAAGUAAAUUUAGAUGAUCAAAAGAUCAUAUUGAAAUUUAAAAAAAUUGCAUCAAAUGUUAAAUAACUGAAUGUCAAAUAAAUAGAAACCAUGUAUGUACCUUCCUUACAAUCAAUAUUUAGCUUAUUAAAUGCAUAAUUUUCUGUAAUAGUGAAAAACUAAGAAAAAAACUUUUUAUGCUAAAUAUUUUAAAAUCAUUUUUCAAGUUCUUAUAAAAUGUUUUUUGUUAAAAUAUAUAAUUAAAUUAUAAGUUACCAAAUAUUCUUUUUGAAUUAAAAUAAUGUAGUUUACCAUAUUACAAUCUAUUAAUAUUCUAGCCUCCUCACAACAUUCCUUUGAACUUUUGUUAUUAGAAACCUUGUUUAUUUUAACUGUUUACAAUUUUAUCUUUAAAUGAUUUUAGUUUGUCAUAGAUUAGGGAUCAGCAACGUUUGACCAUCAUUGGCAUUUGAAAUACAAUCUUUGGUAACAAGGUUUUUGUUAAAAAUUAAUUAUUUACAAUGAUUAAUUUUAACUAAACUUUUCACAAUAUUAUAAAUUCAUAACUGCUAUUUUUAAGUUUUGACCAAUUCCAUCCUUGCACACUAACAUUGAUAGAUAAAAAAAUGGCAUUACUUUGUCUAAAGAAAAAUAAGGGAAAGCAUUGCUACAUUUAGUAUAAACCUUAGAAAUUAUGAAAAUGCAUUUAUUAUUAAUAAAAAAAUUCAAUAAAUAAUGAUUAAAAAGAUACUGUCAUAAGAUUUUUUUUUAAAGUAACCUUUAUAUUUCUGCAGAUUUUAUUGUAAAGUAAUUUAUUUAAUGGAAAUUCAGAAACACAACUUGAAUAAAAUUUAACUGCUGCCUAAAUUUAAAUAAAAUAAAAGAAUGUAACAAAUUAACGUUUAAAUUUUUUCUGUUGUAAAUAUUAUAACUGAUUUAGCAUCCUUUACUAUAUUAUUUACUUGCCAAAUAAAAU